GUGUGUGUGUAUGCAUGCGAGUGUAUGUGUGUGUGUGUGUAUGCAUGCAUGCAUGCAUGUAUGUAUGUAUUGUUGAAGCAGGAGGGGUGAGAAGAAGUGAGAGAGAGAAAAAGAAGAAGGCAAGUAACCAAUUAGGGCUUCGUCGGAAAGUAAGCCCUCAAAAAGCUUGGGACCAAUAUUUAGUUUGGGCUUUCUGUCUAUUAGGGUUCAGUUUGAAAUGUUCUUCCUACAUCUUGGCAUGUCUUUUGGUUCUUGAGCUGAAAACAUGAGCUGAAUCAGCUGUUUUUGACAGUGAAUUUAGAUUUGGGGGUGUUUUGAUUCUUGAUUGGAGCUCAAUUAGUUUUGAAGUGGUGAUGAUGGUUGUUUAAACUUAAAGCCAAGAGAUAGAAAGGAAGAAAUGGCAGCAGAGUCUAACACAGGGUUUCACCGAGAGGGAAUCUUACCUUCUGCACUUAAUCGGCACGCAAUUUCGUUUCAAUCAGGCGCUAUAAAUAGCGGCUGCACAACGGAUAUGGUUCCCAUUGGGAUGGGGUCUUACUUUGGGAUCAAUACCAGUACUAGUAGUAGCUUGAUGUUGCCUGGGAGUUUCGGCUUGAUUGGUAAUAAUAACAGUCCUGGUGGUAGUGGAAGUGGUGGAAUUAUUCAAGCUCAAGCUGGAAAUUCUUCUGCCUCAUCUUCGUCACUUCUUGAUUCCGUUCCUGGCUUAAAGCAUGACGCUGGCUUGGCUGUUGAGUGGUCCGUUGAGGAGCAGUAUAAACUCGAGGAAGGCCUUCACAAAUAUGCCGAUGAACCAACUAUUCUGAGAUACAUAAAGAUUGCAGCCAUGCUCCGUGAUAAAACUGUUCGUGAUGUUGCGUUAAGGUGUAGGUGGAUGAUGAGAAAGAGAAGGAAAGCAGAAGAUUAUAACAUGGGAAAGAUGAUCAACAACAGGAAGGAUAAGCUGGUGGAAUCAUCCUCGAAGAUGAACAUGGCUGCAGCUUUACCGCAGAACAUGGCUGCUUAUCCUCUAAUGAUGCACCAUAUGGACCAAAGUGAACCUUUGCCUUUUGAAGGAAUUAGUGGGAUGGCUAGACUCUUGGACCAGAAUGCCCAGGCUUUUAGUCAGAUCUCAGCGAACCUUUCCAUAUUCAAGUUGCAGGAUAACAUUGACCUCCUUUGUCACACAAGGAACAACAUCACUGCCAUCCUGAAUGAUAUGAGAGAGAUGCCUGGAAUGAGUCAGAUGCCACCACUACCUGUGUCCAUUAACGAGGAUCUUGCAAAUAGUAUAUUGCCCAAUACAGUUCAGUCAAUGAUGUUUGGCUCGCCCUCUGGAAUCCAACGGAAGCAGGAGCCAAGGUGCUGAUGGAGAAUUCUUGAGGUCGAUUUGGAUUUUAUCUGGUCUGUGCAAGUACAGAAAUUUUACUACUGUAUAUGUUAAGCAGCUGGUAGGAGGCCAUUCUUCCUUUUGUUUACACAGUCAUCACACUUAUGGGUCCCCACAAUGGAGAAAUUUGUAGAGAUCCCAUUUUUGGAACCUGAAAUGUUUACCUCACCAGAUAUCAAGCCCAGGCACCGGAUAAUAAGAAACACCAAGUGCCCGUUGCUCCUUGGCUCCAGGGAGAGAAUCUCUAACCUGAUCACUGUUUUUUAGAUGAAUUUUGAGUUAAAAGUUUCCUGUGUACAAAUUCAUGAGAUAAGUGAACCUUGGAGUGGAAUAUCCGGUGCUUAAAUUAUAACUACUUUUUAGCAUGUUAUCUUGUUGCCACCCUUCAUGUACCCUAUUAGACCGAUAAAUGAUGCUUGAUCCCGUUGAUCUUUCCUUUUUCUCUAACGAGAUGCGAAGUAAUUCUUCUCAA